AUGUCCCACCAGCCCGCCCAUGAACCGUCGCCGUGCGCGCUGCCGCCCUACCCUUUCGUCGCCGAAGCGCCCCAGCCCGCAGACAUGAACAGCUCGACCGACCUCGCGUCUGCGAACCCACGUCCACGCCCAAGCGCCAUCUUCGAGCAUGACCAGCUCCCCGCACCGACGCCUCCACGCCUCCAACGCCAGCCAUACCGCAGUCAGCAACGGAAGCUCUCAGACGCUACAAGAGCACCGGAUCCCUCCAACGGCUACCAGGGCCCGCCCGCCAUGACAAAGAAGCCAACUUCGGAGAGGGCCUUCCACCCCAUCAACACGCUCAACGACAGUACUUUUGCGCCCCGCAACAACCCCGUGCACACCAGCAAGCACCCGAAAACGUAUGGCAAGCUCGGCCGGAGCAUUGGCGAGCAGCGACACGGUGGACAGCAGGCGUACCUAGAACGCAAUCCCAGUCAUCUCGUCCACGGCGCAUCGCACACCUCACCAGCCAAACGUAGGAAGACCGAGCACGCGCCUGCAGCUCCCGUGGUCACAGUUGAGAUUGAAGACAGCGACGACGAGCGACAACAGCCGGCUCAGGCAGCAUCCACACCGAGGCCCGGCUCGGCUAUAUCGAGAUCGCGCAGUCCUCACAGUACAGACAGCAGGCAAGCUAGGCCAGGUCUGAGGCCUCCAUCCGAGUCCGUGAGUGAGUUCACGAGCACCCAAAAACUCUUUACCCCAUUCCGUAGACGCAUAAAGAGCCACGUGAGUGAUGAGAGCCAAAAUGGUAACGGAGCGAAUGUUCCGACGACCAGCGUUGGGAAACUGUCUCGAGGCCAGUCUGUUGUGUCGAUCAACGAUGAAGAGGGACAGACCACCACUAGACCACGUGAGCGACGCGAGAGCUACCAAUCAGCAAACCACGUUCAGUCGCAACGCCCAACUGAGGGGACUACAUCACGGCAUUUCCCUGCGAACAAGAUGCGCAUCAACGAGUCGACCGCAGAAACGCGCGAUCGGGAAGCUGUCGGACUACUAUCUGCCGGAAUACGCUCGCACAAGAACCUGCGUGAACACCGACCUGCGGAGAGACACGUGCUAGAGAUGAAGGGCGACCCUAUUGAGGGCAGUGAGGAUGAGCUCGCAGAGCCUAAUACGACAAAGUCAGGGCGUAGACAGUCGUCUUCUAAGAACCCACAACACGCCAAGGCUAUAUCUCAGCGGAAGGGCGCUACCGGCAAACACUACAGGCUGAACUACAUCCGGACAUACGACUCAGUGACUGAAGGAAUAGAACUCUCGCUCCAAUUUUCUGACAGGCCGAAAAUCUUCGAGAUCCGCCGCGCUGAUGUUGACGGCGACCAAACGAUCCUGGAUGAGCUCGACGUCAACAGCGUCAACAAGGCAAUCACAGAUAACGUACAGCGGGUGCGCCUCACAGGUCCAGCCAACCCGAGUCAUGCUUAUUAUUAUGACUUGGGAUUCGAACAUGCUCAUGAGCUCGAACGGUUUCGCGACGAAAUUAUCCUCCCGGAAUUGGCUGACUCGGCCUGGAUCACAAGGACCGAGGAAUAUAUGAAAAGGAUGUUUGCGAGACCGAUGAGAAACGACGGCAGGAUUGGUACUUUAACGGUGAGCCGGGAGGUACGACGCGAUCGAACACCAGGGCAGCAACCGCAGUCGAAAACACCCCUUUUGAGUGCGCUGAUGGACUCAUCAUGCAAUACCCUUCGUUCGGUGCUGUCAGACGGCAACGAUCUCAGAAAGCCGACCGUACAGAACCAGGCGCGUCCGAUUAGAACUACAAGAGCAACAGCUCCAAACUUCGAGGAUACCUUCAACGAUCACAGGGAAGUCGAAAAGUUCUCGGAAACGACAGGCUUAGGAAAACGUUGGCCGGGUCAUCUCGAUUUCAAUAUCCAGGAAAGCUUUUUGAAGCGACGACGAUGUACUGUUAAUUUCGACGACCUUCCCAAGUUGGACGAAGAGGAGUAUCUCAACGAUAGCCUGGUCAACUUCUACCUUUUAUAUCUGUAUGACCAACUUAAGGUGUCAAUUGACCGGGUGUAUUUCUUCAAUACAUACUUCUUCGAUACCCUCACCAAGAACACCAAGGGGCGGGAUGCGAUCAACUACGAUGCUGUGAGAUCCUGGACAAGGCGUGAUGAUGUGUUUAGCUACGACCACAUCGUCAUUCCCAUCAACGAGAAAUUUCACUGGUAUCUCGCAAUCAUCUGCAAUGUCUCUAACAUCGCGCGGAAACUCGCCGUACAACAGCCUACAGCAGAGUUGCAAGGCUCCAAACAGGCAGAUGUCGGUUCUCCUGCACUUGGAGCCACGCCGGAUGUGCACAGCAACCUGAGUAGCGAACAGCAAGACGACCUCGGCGCGCACGAAUCCCCUACCGACAAAGAUGUCUCUAACGACGAGGAGAAUCUUUUCGAAGAAGAAAGACGGUUGAGCCUCAUUGAUAGAGACAAUACCGACGAGAGUGAACAGCAAACGAAGGAGCAGGUAAAUGAACAAACGGGCGAGGAUGUGACUGCACCGGCGCCGCCCGAAGUCCAUGUUGAGGACAUCACAUCAAGUCUAGCCCCACGUCCGCCAAAACAGGUGCAAAAGAAGAAGACCACCAAACCGAAGUUUGUGAGAGACCCAGAGAAGCCUGUCAUCAUGGUUCUCGAUUCCAUGGGUGCGACCCACAGCAACGCAACACGCGCCUUGCGGGAGUGGCUCCAUGUCGAGGGCCUGGAAAAGCGCGGCAUGGACGUCGAGAUCGACAACAAGGGCUACUACCCCAAGAGUGCACAGAUUCCCACACAAGGCAACAUCUUCGACUGCGGUCUCUACGUGCUUGGCUACGCUAAGAAGUUCUUUGAGGAUCCCGAUGUAUUCAAGAGCAGGCUUCUGAAGGGCGAGAUGUCUUCCGAGACGGACUGGCCCGACAUGGACGCUUCGAAGAUGCGUGCGGACAUACGCAAUCUCAUAUUCCGCCUCCACGAUGAACAGAGGGAAGCACAGAAGGAAGUACAUAAGGCCAAGAAAGCUGCAAAGGCCGGAACUACGUUAGGACAUGCGGCGGCGAAUGAUGUGUCGCAUUCGCCCGUAGCUGUCGAUCAAAAGAGUACCGCUGUGCAGCAGCCUGGUAAGGUCCACACUGAAGCCCCGGCACCCGCACCACAGGCUGCUCAUGCAGAAGCACAGCCAGUGACUAGCCCGCCUAAAUCUCCUGGGCCCGAAUCGAUAAAACCCUCUUUAGGAGCCCCAUUCGUUCCGAAUGUGCAGACCGGAAAGGCCAAGCCACGCCUUGCCGACAGCGCGGAGAGCAAGAGUUCUCAACCGUUGACUGUAGGAUCAUCUCCGAAUGCCACCAUCAAAGUGAAGCAGUCACCUACGAGACGAGCGAGGAGUCCUGAGGUUCGUGUCCCUUCCAAGUCACCGCGCACCAAGCCCCCAGGUACGCGUGUCGAUCGAUCACCGCGCCAACUCCAACAAGUGACAGAUUUGUCGAGCCCGGUACAGAAGCGUGGAUUCUACGAAAUAAGCGAUGGGUAUCUCCGCACACCUGCCAUGGAGUCUCAAGCAGAGUCCCCACAGCAACCACCCGAGCUCCUGGCGUCGUCGAGCACCGUGCAGGGUCGCACGCGAUCGGGCAGCCACGACGACCCCAUCACGCUUGACGACUCGCAGGAUCUCGACGUGCUGCGCCAGCACAGCGCUCGUAAACCAGUUGUGCCACGCGAGGUGGUCGAUCUCGAACGCUCGCAAGAAGACACCACCGCUCGACACGCGAAGCCCCCCAACCACAGCCUCGACCGCGACGACUCGAUACAGGACGGUGUCGGGCACGAGUGGCAGGAAGGCCGAAACAUGCGGCAAGCCGUGAAAGCGUCGCUCCUGUCGUCGCCGAACAGAGUACAUGGUCUGAGAAACGAUGUUCCCGACGCGCAGCCCAAUGCGCACAACGCCCACGCCGGCGCUCCGCACUCCCCGCCCGCCGUGUACGAGAUCCCGGACACGCAGGCCAUGGACGUCGACGACGACGGGACCGUGAUCCCCGAGUCGCCGGAGCUGCGGCGCAGCAGUCCUGCGGAUGGCGUGGAGGAGAUGGAUUGGCAGGCGACGGCGGCGUACACGGGGAGACGGACGCUGGAUGGGGCGAGGUAG